GGCUGCGACCCUGAGAGUGCGCAGCGGUGCCGCUGGCGUGCUCACCACACCCACCCAUCAUGCCUGCAUCAUUCCUGCACGUACUGCCCGGUCUGGCCGGGGCGUGGGGCGAGAUCUGGCAUGGCGGCGCGCUUGAACCGCGCCUUUGAUCGUCUCGCGGCGACUGCUCGCAGGCCGGGCGGCCAGAAACUGUGCCGCUCAGCCAUCCGCCGAAGCGAGCGCGCCGGCGGCGGUCCGCCGCCGGCGCGCUCGGCUCAGUGUCUUCAAGCCCGCCGCCG